CUUCCACCUGAACUUCUUCUCUCCGCAAGUAAAGCUUUCAUCCAUGGCGACAAAUAUUCUACUGACGGUUCUUACUAUCUCGUUCGUUGUUUCGUUCUACCUCUCGUUGACGAGCGCGGCUGUGAUGAACGUAGCUUCUGUGUCUGCAUUUUCCACUCCAGUUGGUUCGCCGCUGCCUUCUCAAGAUAUCCAAGAAUCUAUCUAUCCAACUGCUCAGUUUCAACGGAUCUUGACGAAUCUCGGAUUCCAUCAACUCGCCAUGGCGAUUCCAUCCCUUUCAGACUCCGCAUUUCCAAUCUGGAACGGUCCUUCAACGCUCUUCGCACCGACAGAUGCUUCUAUCCAGAGCUGCGGUUCUUGCUCUCUACCGCAGCUUCUCCGAGAACACAUGGUUCCAGGUAUCUUCUCUCUCGAUUAUCUCCGCAAGCUCUCUUUCGGGACGAAGCUGGAGACCAUGAGCCCUGGACGCUGCAUUACUGUCACCUCGGAGGCCGAGGAUAACACCAAGAUUUUCAUCGGCGGUGUCGAGAUUACACAUCCAGAUCUCUACAACAACGGUGUUAUCGUCGUUCACUGCCUCCAAGGUUUCGUCGCUCCUCUCUCGCCGUUGUCUUGCAAUGUCGAGAGGAUGACUUCACUUUCCUUUCCUCCUCAACCGUCCUUUUCCGAUCGAACGCAUUCUCUCUCGCAGUAUCCUCUGAUGCGGAUGAUGCUGAGGGACGCCAUUAUUAGACUCCGCAAUAAUGGCUUCAGCGUCCUCUCUCUUGCUCUGUGGGUAAAGUAUCCGGAACUAGUCUAUCUCAAGAACAUGACAGUGUUCGCUCUCGAAGACGAAUCGAUCUUCUCUGGAGGACACGCGUACGUUAGCAGUGUGAGGUUCCACAUCGUGCCAGACCGGAUGUUGAUGGACGCCGAUCUGACGAAGCUGCCGGUGGGGACUGUUUUGCCGACUUUGGAGAUUGGUCAGACUCUAGUGGUAACGACCGCAGCUGGUACGGAAGGAUCAUCGUCGUUGAGGAUCAACUACGUGCGUGUGAGGAAUCCUGAUGUGAUGCACAAUUUCAAGAUUGUGGUCCACAGUGUGGUUUGGCCGUUCCCUCACAUUCAUCCACCGGCGUUCGCUGGAAUUGGUGGAGACACGGGGUUGGACAUGAGCAUCGAUGACGAGUCGACCUUGCAGACUGGCGAUGCCGGCAAUGUUGGUGAGGGAACUUGUGUGGCUACGGAGGGAGGAAGCUGUGCUUCAAGCCCCGGUGUCCAGGCUACGCUGGUGAGUGAAGAUCACCAUGGCCAGCUGUGAAGUGCCAAGUUGAUCAUGUUGUUAUUUGUCGUCUUCACUGCUCUACAGUCUCUUAACUGAUCAUUUGCUUUACAAAUGCACACAAGUUUAGCUUUCCCUCUUCUUUUUACUUUGUUGGGGAGUUAUACUGGUUUCCUUGGCGCCAUUGUUGUAUUGUACGAAAGAAGGGAAAUACUGAAAUACUACCACUCCACUGUCUACA